AUGGCAUUGAAGCGUAUUAACAAAGAAUUGCUUGAGCUUGAAAAAGAUCCGCCAGCUAAUUGUAGUGCCGGUCCAGUCAAUGAUGACAUGUUUCAUUGGCAGGCAACAAUAAUGGGACCAGGUGAUAGUCCAUUUCAAGGCGGUGUAUUUUUUCUUUCAAUUCAUUUUCCGGCCGAUUAUCCAUUUAAACCUCCAAAAAUCACAUUUACAACAAAAAUUUUUCAUCCAAAUAUUAAUUCAAAUGGAGCUAUUUGUCUUGAUAUACUUCGUUCACAAUGGUCACCGGCAUUAACUAUUUCGAAAGUAUUGCUUUCAAUAUGUUCAUUACUUUGUGAUCCAAAUCCUGAUGAUCCAUUAGUGCCGGAUAUCGCUCGUACAUACAAAACUGACAAGGAGAAAUAUAAUGCGACGGCACGACAAUGGACUCAGAAAUAUGCCAUGUAG